CAGCUCGUAUGAUCUGAGCUAAGCGGUACGUACUUCCUAUGUGACUGCGUGUGUUUAGCUGUAACAGCAGGUGGUGCAGGAUGCAGACUGGAUGGGUGUGGAUCUGUGUUUGACCGGUCGACACAGUUCCUGUCAGUGAUGACAUUACUCAGGUUUUGUCUAACUCUACCUAAAUCCUAACCACAUCACCAUGGCAACAGGAAGAAAAGGCUCUACGUCCAAAGCAGGUGGGGUGCGUUUCCCUGACGAUGACGAGCCCCCUGGCUCUCCAACACGGAGAGAUGGCCAGUCAAACGUGGCUACGCUCAUUGCGGUCUCAGAGAAGGAUGGCAGCUACUUGGUGAAGGCUGGUUUCCUGAAGAGCCACCACUGUUAUGAGAUUGUCUUCACUGUCCCAGAUGUCCCCACACUGGGCAAAGAGCUCUCAUGUCUUCCCUCCUCUUCUCCAUCUCGGAGGUCGCCCAGCCUGCGGGUCCAGCGUAUUAACUCCACACUGGAGGGAGGUGUAAAGGUAACAUGUGAGUACAGAACUCACCAGGAGGGGGUGCAACAGGAGGAGAUCACCAUGGUAACCAAAGGGAGAAAAGACAACAGUCUAAAGGUCAGACUCCAGGCCAGGGUCAUUGACCCACAUCACGGCACCCCCAUGCUGCUGGAGGGGGUGAGGUGUCUCGGUGCCAGGAAAGAUGCCCACACAAAGCACAGCAGUGAUCAACGUGGUCCACCUAAAUCAUCCUGGAGAAACUAUGAAAAUAUGGGAAGAAGAAUCUGCAGCAGAGCUGAGAGAAAAUAAAAAAGCAAUGAAUUCAUGUUGAAAUCUAUGAAAAUGCAGUUUACUGCUUCACUAAGCUAAAUGCUUUUUUAUAUUCAUUCAUCAAUAAACUAUUUAAUCAUCGUAAUUAUUCUAUCAACUAAUUUCAGUGAUGAGAGUAAUGAAAAUGCUUCUUUCUUCUAGAACAAAGUAAAAUUAGAGGGAAUAUUUAAGCACCAUGUCCACAUUUUCACCUGUAAAUCUAAAAAUCAGGAAGAAUUUCAUCAGCAGCUCUCUGCAGACUGCUAUCGCCCUGUUCCUCUAAACUCUGCUGUAAUCAAUUUACUACUCAGAUCCAGUGGUAAUACAUUACAGACCUAUAUCUAAUCUUUAAUUAGAUAUAAAAAAAAAACAGCAAAAAAAGGAAACUGAAUGAACCCAAUCUAAUCACAGGACAGAAACAAGUCUUACUGAAGUCAUCAGUGACCUGAAGAGUGAGAAACUCUUGGAUCUGCUUGGUCUCACUGCUGUGUUUGAUACUUUUGUUGAUGAAAUUUGAAUUAAAAGGUUUCAUGAUUCAGUCGGUUUAACAGGUCAGGUUCCUGAUUGGCUCUCAUCGUAUCUAACGAGUCGACAUUUUUACAUUUCAGUUAUCUGUUUUAGAUCUGCACAAAUGUAAAUCAAGUCAUGGGCUCCCGGUCAGGGGUCAGGGGUCAGGGGUCUGUCCCUGGACCAUAGUCACACUUGGUACUGUCAUAA